AUGAAAAAUGAUGAAAAAUGCAGUUUUAUGUUGCCCUUAUUUCAGAUGUCUAGAGAUAAGCGUAUACAGAUGUUGUGUGAAUUAAAUAAAAAUCACGAGCCUAAGAUGGUCGGCACUUCGGGAUUGCAGUUUGGAGAACAAGACCACGUGGAUCUACUAUUGCAACACCGCAAGCACACAACGGACCUAUGUUGUCAACAGCACGGGAUAUCAAAUAUUCGGGAGUGCUUUUCGGACGUUCGCCGCAGACGCAUUGACCAGUUUUGUGCCACGGGUGAGACAGCGGUCCCGUCAACAAAGCCUCAACAGAAAUGGGUGUCGCAGAAGCAAUCCGAUUGCUGCCUGGAUAUAGGCGAGUACCGAUACGAGUGUUUCGACGCGAGGGCCGGGAGCCAGGAGAUGCUCAAGGAUGACCAAGGGCUGCGGCAGGGCGGCUACAGUCUGGACGCGUUCGACCCGGUCAACGACCUAGACGACUUUGAAGACGCGCCACUGAAAAUUCCAAAGAGCAGUUCGUCUAAAGAAGGUCAAACGGCAACAAAAGUUUCAAACACCGCAAGUCAGUUUUUGGUAGACGGACAUGCGGGGCGAUACUUAGAAAAAGAUGAAAGUUCCUUAAACGACAGCGCGCUACCCCUUGCAAUUGAGGGGAUAGAGUCUAGUGAUGUAGACAAUAGUAAUGAGGAAGAGCAUGUGAGUCGGGCAGACGGCAAGAUGAAAGGGCAGUCACGACAUCGGAGUAAAAAAAAUGAGUCAGGUGAUUACAUCCGCUAUACAUAA